UUAUAUACAGGGCAGUAGCCUACAUGCAUUAUAAACAUAGCUAUUGAUAAAACUGGAUCUCUGCAGCUGCUAUAUCUGCUAAAUCAUCGAAAUGAAGUUCGUCAGGUUUAUAAUGAAGAAUGCUGCUUUGGCCAGUGUGCCUCAUCACAUCGAACACUUCUCCAAAUUUUCACCUUCUCCACUUUCUAUGAAACAGUUUCUCGAUUUUGGUUCUACCAACGCAUGCGAGAAAACAUCUUUUGUUUUCCUGAGACAAGAGCUGCCCGUACGUCUGUCAAACAUCAUGAAAGAAAUCAACUUGCUCCCUAAAAGAUUACUUACCACUCCUUCUGUACAAAUGGUUCAAAGCUGGUAUAUUCAGAGUUUGAUGGAGGUCUUGGAAUUCUUGGAGAAAAAUCCAGAUGACCAAAGCAUAUUAGAAGAGUUUGUGGAUGCUCUGGUCAACAUCCGAAACAGACACAAUGAUGUUGUACCCACUAUGGCCCAAGGUGUGAUUGAAUAUAAAGAAGUAUUUGGUCAAGAUCCGGUCACGAAUCAGAAUAUUCAGUAUUUCCUGGACCGUUUGUACUUGAGCCGGAUAUCCAUCAGAAUGCUCAUCAACCAGCACACUCUUGUAUUUGAUGGUGCCACAAAUCCAGUUCACCCCAAUACCAUUGGCAGUAUAGACCCUCAUUGUCAGGUGGCAGAUGUUGUUAAAGAUGCAUAUGAAAGUGCCAAGAUGCUAUGUGAUCAGUACUACCUAAGCUCACCUGACCUGGUACUACAGGAACUCAACACUAAUAACAGGAGCCAGCCUAUCAGCAUAGUGUAUGUGCCUUCCCAUCUGUACCAUAUGCUAUUUGAACUGUUCAAGAAUGCAAUGAGGGCAACCAUUGAGAACCAUAAAGAAGACAGUAAUCUUCCACCCAUUCAAGUUAUGGUGGCCAUAGGUGGAGAGGACCUCACUAUCAAGAUGAGUGACCGAGGUGGUGGAGUUCCUUUCAGGAAGAUGGAGAAUCUCUUCAGCUACAUGUACUCCACAGCACCAACACCCCAGAUGGAUGAGAAACAAAGGGCUCCCCUGGCUGGGUUUGGUUAUGGGCUGCCCAUUUCUCGACUCUAUGCCAAGUACUUCCAGGGUGACCUCCAGCUCUAUUCUAUGGAGGGCCAUGGUACUGAUGCAGUCAUUCACCUUAAGGCUUUGUCCACUGACUCAGUCGAGAGGCUCCCUGUGUUUAAUAAGACAGCUCGACGAAACUAUGAAGUCACGCAGGGGGCAGAUGACUGGUGCGUUCCCAGUCGAGAGCCUCUGGACCUGGCCGUGUUCAGACUGGCCAAGUGAAAUGAAGUAUGAAGCCUCCAGGAAAGAAAUAGGACAGUUCUCUGACCUACUGACAUGAGUGAAUGGGGAAGGACAUGAUGUCCACAUGGCCGAGCCCUAACUCUCCACUCACUGUGAAGCCGCGUAGUCUCACAGCAAUACCGUAGUUGUUGCAUGCAAUGGUUUUCCUCUGCAUCACCACCAUGACUAUAUCAUAUAAUUUUUUUGGUUUGAGAAACUAGGCUGUCACAGUGUUACCUGCAGACCACACUAACUCAUAUGAAGUGGAACAAAGUGCCAAAAUAAUCUGCACCAAACUCCUCUUCCUUUUAUUGGAAGACUGUCAAGUGGAAGUUCCAGUGAGGAGAAGUGAUCCAGACUUUCAGUUAACUUUCCGAAGCCUGUGUUAGAGGACAAGGGCCAUCUAGACUAGUUGUUGGAACCAGCAAGUAACAACAGGCACGUGCCAAGGAACCUUUAAAGCACAUGAAAUCAGAAAUAAAGGGCCAAGAUGGGGUGAUAAAAAUCCAUAUUCAACCCAUGAUGGAUCAUUUAUGUAAGAGUGUACUGGACUGCAUUAGUAAUGCUGAAAUCAAGGAAUACUUGUAAUUAAAUGACUUUGAUUGCUAAUGGAGGGGUGUUCAUACUCUGAGUGGCCAAAAGCUGACAGAAAGAGAUCAUUAUAGAGGCCAUAAUUCUGACUUUAUUAGUGUGUGGCCAAAUAUGUCAAUGUGAUCUCUGGUAUUUUCUUCACACUUGAGUUUAAGGCACUAGAAGGGGAUCAUUGAUGUAAAUGGGUUUAAAACCAGUUAGAAUGUACGAAUAAUCUCAUUGAUACAAACUUGAAACACUUACAGCUUAUAUGCACCAAGUAUUUCAAACACAGUGUUUUGUUGUUGAAUGUUGAAGCAUUUUAGAUACCUCAUCGACUGAAGUUCAGACCUUUGAUCAGUUGUUGCCGUUUUCAGAUUUGUGGGCCUUUGGCCUCUAGUUCUCUGCGAAUAUUAUACAGCUUGAAAUCAUAGCUUCUAAUUUUAAGCCUACUCUUUUGAGAGCAUGCCUACUGUAUUAAAUCAACCAUCUGCUUUGAACUUGUACCCUAUAACCUUACAUGUAAGGACCAUAUUUUGUGUAUUAUGUUUUUGUCGUGUUUUUCCUGAAAAUCUAAACUUUAUUUUUGUAAUAUGUUUUCCAUCUUAAGCAAAUGAUGUGUAUAGAAUUUAAAUAAAAAAAUGUCAUUUAUGUCAACA